UCUGACGGCGGACACUUGUGCGGCGAGCAUCUAUCUGUCACGCAGCGACCACGUCCGUCUUGCCCGCGCGGCUGCUGGUCGAGCACGAGGACUCCGUGCGCGCGUCCCGCGUCCCUCAUCGCCGUCCUCCACCGCAGCAGCGCGUCCAGCUCCUGACCGCCGUCACGCCAGUCACGUCCCCGCGGUCGCCAUGCUGCGCGCCGCGUGCCUAGUCGGCCUCGUCGCGGUGCUGGCCGUCUUGGCCGAGGGCUACUCCGUCAACAGGUGCCCCUGCCCCCAGUCGGAGCAGAACAGCCCCGAGGUGCUUCAGCUGCUGCGGAAGACCGGCAACGCCUUCAGGCAGGUGGGAGACAUCCUGCUGAAGAAGACGGGCUCCUCGGGCACGGCCGCCCCACCGGCCGCGCACCGCCCCGCCGCCCACGCCGCCCACACCGCCCACGCCGGCCGCAGCUACGCGCAACCGGCCUACUCCCCGCAGGGCUACCCCCAGCAGAGCUACCCCCAGCAGAGCUACCCCCAGCAGAGCUACCCCCAGCAGAGCUACCCCCAGCAGAGCUACCCUCAGCAGAGCUACCCCCAGGGCUCCGUCGUCUACUACCCCGUGCCCUUCCCUCCUGCUGGAGUGCCUCAGCCUCAGGUGUACCCCGUGCACGCCGUGCACCCCGUGCAGCCCGUGCCGCAGUACCUCCCCGGCGUGUCGUACCCCUCGGCCCCGGCCGCCGCCAUCCCCCAGGGCUUCGACGUGGACGCCCCCGCCCCCGCCGAGCUGAGCGACCACCUGGUGUCCCUGGCCAGCGAGUACGAGCGCGCGGCCCAGAACGAGUGCGGGUGCGGCAAUGUGGACGUCAACAUGCACAAGGGGUCGUCCUCGCUGUCCGGCAAGGCGUCGGACAUCGUCGUGGAGGUGACGCUGGGCGACUUGACGCAGAGCGACGUGCAGAAGGGCGUCCAGAAGGAGGAGCACAAGAAGACCGUCAGCAUCGACAGCGUGGUGGAGGCCUCCGAGGGCGAGGAAGUCGAGGAGUCCAGCAAGACGUCGUCGUCCUCGUCAUCCUCAUCGUCCUCGUCGUCCUCGUCAUCUUCGUCGUCCUCCGCCAGCAUCGAGGAGAAGACGGUCGAGGAGACGGAGGUCACCAACACGGUGCAGGUGGUGGAGGCCAUCAAGCUGCAGCCCGAGACCAGCCCGCUGCAGGUGGAGGUGUUUGACAACACCGUCGCCGCCGUCGAGAAGGCCAUCGAGAGCUCCGUCGUCGUCAAGAGCGAGUCCGAGGAGACCAAGACCAUCGAGACGAGCAGCGGGGAGACCGUGCUGAAGGUCAAGACGUACGAGGAGACGCUGCCCCACACCCACGCCGACGAGGAGAUCAUCGCCCAGGGCGGCGAGGAGGAGGCCGUGCAGGAGGUCAUCGAGGAGACGGUCCAGGACAGCCACCGCGACAGCGCCCACGUCUACACCAGCCACGCCGACACCGCUCGGUCCGAGGCCUCGCAGACCACAUACGAGGAGAAGGUGGAGGUCGUCGAGGUCAAGGAGGAGAGGCUGGAGGAGCUCAAGAAGGAGGCCUCCGUCGUGUCCGAGAUGGUGGAGACGGUCGACUUGGAGCAGGGACAGCAGAACGCCUACUCCAGCCACACCAACAACGACGUGCAGAUCACCGUGGUGGACGUGGAGAACAAGGGCACCCAGAAGAACGAAGCCACCCAGACGGACGACGCGCUGUACGAGUACGAGUACGAAGACACCGCCGGCGACUCCGGCGACUGCGUGGACGAGGACGCCAAGGACCUGCAGCAGUACUUCCCCUCUGCGCCCAAACACUGCAGCGCCGACGAGGAGAAGAAAUACGACCUGCAGGAGGGCGAGCACAUCGUCGCGGAGCGGCCCCGCCCCGUGGAGAACGUGCAGGUCGUCGUCGAGGGCUCCAGCGGCCAGUCCUACGCCGAGGGUCUCAACACGCACACGGCCACCAAGACCGUCUCCACCAUCACGACCACCACCACCUCGCAGAACGGCCAGAACCAAGCUGGAAACGCCCAGUACGGCCACAGCAGCCACGCGCACUCCGCCGCGUUCCAGCCUCAGGCUCACGGCACUCUUCACCACCACCAGAUCGCUCAGCCCGCCCAGACCCCCGCUGCCGUGCCCUACGAGGUGCCCUGCGAGGCACACUACGGCCUGCCCAAGCCCGGGUACCGCCAGCAGCAGCAACAGCAGCAGCAGCAACAACAACAGCAGCAGCAACAACAGCACUUCCAGCAGUAUCACCACCACCACAACCAGCAGCAACAGCAACAACAGCAGCAACAGCAACAACACUAUCACCAUCAUCACCAUCACCAGCAUCAGCAGCAACAACAGCCGCAGGUUCAACAGUCCUAUGAGUUCUCCGCUGCAUCCGGCAGCCACGGCGAGAACGUCCAGUCCUACCAGCAGCAGUCCCAGGCGGCCCAGGCUCAGCAGUUCGCCCAGAGCGCCCAGAGCUACUCCGCUCCUCAACAGAGCUACUCUUCCCAACAGAGCUACUCUCAACAACCGUCAUCCUAUCAGCCCGAGCCCGAAUGUGAGUGUGAGGAGGAAUCUCCGGAGGACACUCAGCAGAGCUACGCCGCCCCCAAGACGGUGUACUCCGCCCCCGAGCAGCCCCAAGUCUCUGCGUACCGCCAGACCACGACGCACGUCUCCAACGUUCAGUCCCAGUCGCAGCACCAGCAUCAGUCUCAGCCUCAGUACCAGUCAGCGCCCGCCGUCUACGCCGUGGCCAAGGCCAGCCCUCAGCCUCAGCCUCAGUACCAAGCAGGGCCCCCGGUCUACGCCGUGCGCCAGCCUAGCCAGAAGCCCCAUACCCAGUACCAGGCAGGGCCCCCCGUCUACGCUGUGCCCCAGCCCAGCCCCAAGCCUCAGCCCCAGUACAAGGCAGGGCCUCCGGUCUACGCCGUGCGCCAGCCCAGCCCCCAGCCUCAACCUCAGCCCCAGUACCAAGUAGGACCUGCCGUCUACGCCGUGCGCCAGCCCAGCACCGCGACGCAGCACCAGCAGGCCACCACCAACACCAAGCACUCCGUGACCCAGUACACCAGCAACCAGGGCGCCAGCUACAAUCAGUACCCUCAGAGCCAGCCCCAGAGCUACGACGAGCAGUACACCGUCUCGGAGUACAAGCCCGCCGUGCAGCACGCCGGCCAGUCGCCCGCCAAGACUGUCACCUACGCCCAGCCCCAGCAGAGCUACCAGCCCGCCGUGUCGCAGCAGCGCAGCUACACCAGCACGACGAGGGAAACGACCGUGAGCAAGCCCGCGUCCAGCUCGCAAGUGUACGUGCAGGCGCAGCAGCAGCCGUCCGCGAAGUCCUCCACCACUUGGCAGCAGGCCUCCAACAACGCCCAGGCCGUCUCAAAGAAGCACAGCCCCGCGCAGUACCCCCAGUACUACUUCACGGCCAGCUCCAACAGCGUCUACGCACCCGCCAUCGCCAAGCCCCAGCACGCUGCCCCCAGCAAGGCCCCCAGCAAGGCCCCCAGCAAGGCCCCCACCGUGUCCUUCAGCAGCUACUCGGAGGGCCCGGAGGUGGACUCGGCUGAAGUGGUUCCCCAGCGGUACGCAAGUGAGAUCUCCUACAACAAGCCCGUCGUCAAGGUGGUGUCCAGCGCGCCUGUUGUCCAGAGCCAAGGCAACGCUCAGCGAUACUCCAGUCAGCAGAGCUACUCCGGUCAGCAAAGCUACCCCAGUCAGCAGAGCUACCCCAGUCAGCAGAGCUACGUCAGAGUCCAGAGUCCCGCAGCACCAGUCGAGGACUCCGUCGAGGACUCCGCCGAGGAAACCGUAGAGGUAGUUCCACAGCACUUCUCCAGCAAGCCUGUCUACGCCAAGACCGCCGUCUUCCAGAGCCGCCCAGCUCCAGUUCAGCACGGCAAAGUCGCCCCCGCCAGACCGGCGCAAAGCUUCCCCAGCUUCCAGACCUACGCGGCUCCAGAAGAGGACAGCGAAGAAUACGCCCCUGCUCAAACCGUCGUCGUCUCCAGCGGCCCUUCGAAGUCGUUCUCCAGCUUCCAGACCUACUCCGCUCCCGAAGAGAACUCUGCCGAAAACGUUCCAGUGAAGACCAUCGUCUCCAGCGGCCCCUCCAAGUCAUUCUCCAGCUUCCAGACCUACUCCGCUCCUGAAGAGAACUCCGCUGAAAGCGUUCCAGUGAAGACCGUCAUCUCCAGCGGCCCCUCCAAGUCAUUCUCCAGCUUCCAGACCUACUCCGCUCCGGAACAGAACUCUGCCGAAAGCGCCCCAGUACUCUCCAGCGGUCCCUCUAAGUCAUUCUCCAGCUUCCAGACUUACUCUGCUCCCGUAGAGGACUCCGUCGAAAGCGCUCCAGUGAAGACCAUCAUCUCCAGCGGCCCGUCCAAGUCAUUCUCCAGCUUCCAGACUUACUCUGCUCCCGUAGAGGACUCCGUCGAAAGCGCUCCAGUGAAGACCAUCGUCUCCAGCGGCCCGUCCAAGUCAUUCUCCAGCUUCGAGACCUACUCUGCCCCCGUAGAGGACUCUGCCGAAAGCGUUCCUGUUCAGGCCUUCGUCUCCAGUGGUCCCUCCAAGUCGUUCUCCAGCGGUCCGUCUAAGUCGUUCUCCAGCUUCCAGACUUACUCUGCUCCCGUAGAGGACUCCAUCGAAAGCGCUCCAGUGAAGACCAUCGUCUCCAGUGGCCCGUCCAAGUCAUUCUCCAGCUUCCAGACUUACUCUGCCCCGUAGAGGACUCUGCCGAAAGCGUUCCCGUUCAGGCCUUCGUCAGCGGCCCCUCCAAGUCGUUCUCCAGCGGUCCGUCUAAGUCGUUCUCCAGCUUCCAGACUUACUCUGCUCCCGUAGAGGACUCCAUCGAAAGCGCUCCAGUGAAGACCAUCGUCUCCAGUGGCCCGUCCAAGUCAUUCUCCAGCUUCCAGACUUACUCUGCUCCCGUAGAGGACUCUGCCGAAAGCGUUCCCGUUCAGGCCUUCGUCAGCGGCCCCUCCAAGUCGUUCUCCAGCGGUCCCUCCAAGUCGUUCUCCAGCUUCCAGACGUACUCUGCCCCCGUGGAGGAGGUCCAGGAAGCCGUCCCCGCGCCUUCGUACUCCAAGAACAUCGUCUUCAACAAGCCCGUCGUGGUGCCCGUCUCGUCCGAGAGCUCUGACGACGUUUCUGGCCCAACCCGGAUCGACCUCUUGUCUUCAGUGGGCAAAUCUUCAGC